GAGCGCGGCGUGACGUCAUCACGUCGGUCUGAAUGAAGCGUCAUCCUUUCUGAUGUAGAGCGGCACGGCGGCCUUUUUCUGCUGCUCUACAUUUACCCCCAAAGUCUUUCCGUUCCUGUCCCGGUAUUUCAGCUUUUUUUAAAAAAAAUCUCUUUAACCAUGACUCGCAAGUCUCCACUUCUGGCCGCCUGCCUGCUGCUCCUGGCUGCUCUGAGCUCGGAGGUUUCAGCGGACGGUUUGGUGAACGAGGAGGUGAAGAGGACCGUGGACCUGAGCACCCAUCUGGCCAAGAUCACCGCGGAGAUCGUGCUGUCCAACCAGGGACACUCUGCCGUUCAUAGCUUCUUAUUAGCGGUGGAGGCUGACCUGGCCCCGCACCUGGCGUACAUCGGAGCCUCGGUGAAGGGUGAUGAGGAGGAAGAUGGCACACUUGAACUCCAACAGACAACUAUCGCAGGUCAAAGUGGGCAGUUUUACAAAGUACAGCUGCCUUCCAACCUGGCAGCAGGUGCUCAGCUGAAAGCGAAGGUGGAGAUGACAUUCAGCCACGUCCUGAGACCCUUCCCCACACAAAUCACCCAGGCCGAGCGCCAGUUGGUGGUGUUUCAGGGGAACCAUUACCUGUACUCCCCGUACCCCACCCGCAGCCAGACAACACGUGUCCGCUUGGCCUCCAAGACUGCUGAGAGCUACACCAAGCUGGGCAACCCCAGCAAGAUGGAUGAGAUCAUUGAGUACGGACCCUUCCGUGACGUGGCUCCAUUCAGCGAGGAUACGAUGAAGAUCCACUACGAAAACAACUCCCCUUUCCUUACCAUCAGUAGCAUUACUCGCACCAUUGAGGUCUCUCACUGGGGUAACAUUGCUGUGGAAGAAACCAUCGACUUGAGGCACACAGGUGCCGUCCUGAAGGGGCCUUUUUCACGUUACGAUUAUCAGCGUCAGUCUGACAGUGGCAUCUCAUCCGUCAAGUCUUUCAAGACUAUCCUUCCUGCUUCGGCUCAAGAUGUCUACUACAGAGAUGAGAUUGGCAACAUCUCCACCUCCCAUCUGCAGGUUCUGGAUGACUCAGUGGAGGUGGAGGUCAGGCCUCGCUUCCCCUUGUUUGGAGGCUGGAAGACCCAUUACAUCAUCGGCUACAAUCUGCCCAGCUACGAAUACCUCUACACCCUGGGUGACCAGUAUGCACUAAAGAUGAGGCUAGUUGACCAUGUGUAUGAUGACCAGGUCAUUGACUCCCUCACUGUGAAAAUUAUCCUGCCUGAGGGAGCCAGAAACAUCCACGUGGACACACCUUAUAAAAUUGAUCGCAUGCCAAACCAGCUGCACUAUACAUACCUGGAUACUUUUGGCCGACCAGUGCUGGUCGCCACCAAGAACAACCUGGUGGAGCAUCACAUUCAGGAUGUUGUGGUUCAUUAUAACUUCAAUAAGAUCCUGAUGCUGCAGGAGCCUCUCUUGGUCGUAGGAGCCUUCUACAUCCUCUUCUUCACUGUCAUCAUCUAUGUCCGCCUGGACUUUGCCAUCACAAAGGACCCUGCAGCUGAAGUGCGUAUGAAGGUGGCCUCCAUCACUGAGCAGGUGCUGACCCUGGUCAACAAGCGCCUGGGUCUGUACCGGCACAUGGACGAAGUGGUCAACCGCUACAAGCAGUCCCGCGACACCGGGGCGCUCAACAGCGGUCGGAAAACUCUGGAGGCUGACCACCGCACUCUCACCAACGAGAUCAGCUCACUGCAGGCCCGCCUCAAAGCUGAGGGCUCUGACUUGGCUGAUAAGGUCGGGGAAGUGCAGAAGCUGGAUGGCCAGGUGAAGGAGCUAGUGUGUCGCUCCUGCCAGGAGGCGGAGCGGCUGGUGGCGGGUAAGGUCAAGAAGGAGGCUUACAUCGAGAGCGAGAAGACUCUGACAAGCAAGAGGCAAGAGCUCGUCGGCCGCAUCGACAGUCUGCUGGACGCCCUCUAAACUACUCCUGCCACACAAGCAUACAGAACCAGUCAAACUUCACCUCUGCUACAACAUACAGCCGACGACGUGUAUGUAUGAGAAUUAAAUUAAAUGUGACACAAGUUUUUUUUUUUUACCAUCCUUGAACCCAGACAUGGACUGUUAACAUCUCAUCUUAUAGUAGUGAUGGGUUUAUCUUGUGCCUUGUGAUAAACUCGGUCACUGUGUACUCAGCUCUCCAGCAGCUACAUCAUAACUCUUCUGGCUUUUUUUUUUUUAUGUCUGUUUUUGAGUUUGUUGAGCUACACUUCCACUUUGUCACAUCUUGCUCAGUCUUGACCCCUCUCCUCUUCCUCUUCAGUAUGUAUGGUUAUGGGACUUUUUCUUUUUUAAAACAAAUAGCUGAAUGGCCCAAGUGUUAACGGUCUCAUGUCUUUACUCACAUAUGUAUUUGCUGUAUUCUACGAUUGAUUCACCGAGUUGUGAAGUAUGAAGGUGAAAGUUUUCCAAUCUUCACUCUUUUGCACUUGCAUCCUUUUUCUACUAGCCCCCGGGUAACGUUUCUAUUUGAAUAAAUUUGAAGCUUUGAUUCUGUGUCAGAAUAUCUAAUGCUUGUUUUUGAUGUUCAUCAUUUUUUACAUUUUGUAUGAUUUUUCUUUUUUGGUCUUUUUUUUUCUUUUCUUUUUUUUGACCAUGAGAUUAGUGAAUACAUGAGAUUAGGUUUUAUGUGGUUAAAGACAUGGGAGAUGGGACACAGAUGUUUGUGAAAUGGGCACUGAUACGGAAAGCUGUCAAAUUUGAAAAAUAAAGUUUUGAGAAACUCA